AGAGAGAGAGAGAGCGAGUCUCUUAGAGUUUAGUCUCUCACAGGUCCACUGCCUAGUCACCCCGACGCACUUCUCCAGUUCAAUGGGGCAAUCACACUAGAUUGGAUUUUUAGAACUAAAACUACCCUCUAUUUAAAACCAUAUUUGCGCAAUCUAGAAUAUUAUCUACACAUAUACAUAUAUAAAAGGAUUCGUUUAUUUUCACUAUCCACCAGUGGUGCCCACAGUCCAGACUGUGUGAGAAAUUGAAAUAUGGAUUUGCCGAGCUCAUCCACUCGGAAGAAACGGCGACCCUGGUUCUCGGACCUCACCUCUUUCGCAGCGCUGGCUCUGGUGUUGUGGCACAGCACGCCGACUGCAGCAGCAGACCCUGUUGAUGUACUGAAGGUGCUGCAGCUCCACACUCUCCCGGAGGGGGUCCAAAAGGCCCCUGGGUUCUGUCCCACUCGUCGCACGGGCCACGGUGACGUGGCAUACAGGAUAUCCAAGCAGGCCCAGAUCAGUGCCCCCACCAAGCAGCUCUUCUCAGGUCAAUUCCCGGAGAACUUCUCGAUCAUGGCCCUGGUGAAGGCGAGGGCGGGGUUGCAGGCGUUCCUGCUCUCGGUGUACAGCGGGCAGGGGUUGCAGCAGCUGGGAGUGGAGCUGGGCCGGUCCCCCGUCUUCCUGUACGAGGACCAGAGCGGGAAACCAGUGCCUGAAGACUACCCACUCUUCAAAGGGAUCAACCUGGCCGACGGCAAGAUCCUAGAUGAGGAGGUGUUCGAGGGUGAUAUCCAGCAGCUCCUGAUCGCCUCUAACCCCCAGGCUGCGUAUGAUUACUGUGAGCACUACAGCCCUGACUGCGACACUGCGCUGCCUGACAUCCCGCAAGCACAGGAGGCUAAAGACUACAAGACAAGCAAAGCCGCUGUCAGCCACAAGGACGCGGUCAAAGCCAAACCCAAACCGGCCGCGUCCAACGGCAACGCAAAGACCCCCCCGAAAAACAAAAAUGGCAGCAACAACGGCAAGGCCUCCCCCUCUAAAAAAGCCCCCCCCAAGCCUGCCGCCACCACCCCUGUUAAAACCGCGGCAGAAAAGACCCCCAAAGCCAAGGUAGCUGCGGUGAAAAACACGGUCAGCAAAGCACCAGUCAAAAAAGGUGCAAUCUCCACCGGCAAAACCAAGAAGAAAUCCGGCAGCGGCUAUCAACAGGAUGUAAGCACCGCCCCCACAGUGGCAGGUCACACCCCCUCUCAGGCACACCACACCCCCUACCCAGGGGAGGAGUACAAUUACACUCCAAAGGAGGAGCCCGAGGCAAGACAGGAGCUUAUUGGACAGCUGGAGACAGGCCCACCCCCUGUCGCCGAGGAGGAGGAGGUGAAGUUUGGUUCUGAAGCCCCUGCUGAGGAGCUCUUCACAGAGGAGUAUGUGACAGGCGACAGUGAGGCCGAGGCGGGCCCCGGGGCAUCAGAGUACGAUUACUCCUACAAGGACUUCAGAGACAACAACCCCGCCCAGAUAGGCCCCGCUCUCUCUGCAGAGACAGAGGAAGGAGGUGCCAUCGUGAGGGGGGUGAAAGGAGAGAAGGGAGAGCCAGCUGUGAUGGAACCUGGCAUGCUGAUUGAAGGACCCCCAGGACCUGAAGGCCCGGCUGGUCUCCCCGGCCCCUCUGGCCCACCCGGACCCCCAGGCUCUAUAGGCGAACCAGGAGAGAGGGGCCCCACUGGUCGAGCUGGCUUACCCGGUGCUGAUGGAUUACCUGGCCCCCCUGGCAGCUCCAUCAUGCUUCCUUUCCGGUUUGGGAUGAGUGCGGGGGAGAAGGGGCCCAUUGUUGCUGCUCAGGAGGCGCAGGCACAGGCUAUCCUGCAGCAGGCCAGGCUGGCUAUGACGGGUCCUCCUGGACCAAUGGGAUUCACCGGUCGCCCAGGACCCGUGGGCACCCCUGGCAACCCCGGACAGAAGGGAGACUCUGGUGAUCCAGGACCUCAGGGCCCCCGAGGGCCACAGGGAUUAUCGGGGCCCCCUGGCAAAUCCGGCCGCAGGGGUCGUGCAGGAGCAGACGGAGCUCGUGGAAUGCCUGGUGAAUCCGGAGCUAAGGGUGACAGGGGUUUCGAUGGCCUGCCUGGUCUUCCUGGGGAUAAAGGACACAGAGGAGAACCUGGAGCUUUGGGGCCCCCCGGACCCCUGGGAGAGGACGGAGAGAGGGGAGACGAUGGGGAAGUGGGACCAAGAGGACUGCCUGGUGAACCUGGACCCCGUGGACUGCUUGGACCUAAAGGACCCCCUGGUAUUCCUGGACCCCCUGGUGUGCGUGGAAGUGAUGGACCUCACGGACCAAAAGGAAAUCUUGGGCCACAAGGAGAACCCGGACCCCCAGGACAGCAAGGGACAUCAGGAACUCAGGGUAUGCCAGGACCUCAGGGAGCAAUGGGACCCCCAGGGGAGAAGGGGCCGGUCGGGAAGCCAGGACUGCCGGGAAUGUCAGGAGCCGACGGACCCCCUGGACACCCAGGCAAAGAGGGGCCAAGCGGAACUAAGGGGAACCAGGGUCCCAACGGCCCUCAGGGUCCUAUUGGCUAUCCAGGACCACGUGGUGUAAAGGGGGCGGAAGGUGUCCGUGGACUGAAGGGACACAAGGGGGAGAAGGGUGAAGACGGGUUCCCCGGGUUUAAGGGAGACUUGGGGGUGAAAGGAGACCGGGGGGAGCUCGGUGUGCCUGGUCAGAGAGGGGAGGACGGUCCGGAGGGUCCUAAAGGCAGAGUCGGACCCCCAGGGGAACUGGGUCCAAUCGGACUGGUCGGAGAGAAGGGUAAACUGGGAGUCCCUGGUCUGCCUGGAUACCCGGGGAGACAAGGACCCAAGGGUUCACUCGGCUUCCCAGGGUUCCCCGGGACGAAUGGAGAGAAGGGAGCGCGGGGUUUGAUUGGAAAAACUGGACCUAGAGGUCAGAGGGGGCCAACGGGCCCCAGGGGACAAAGGGGACCCAGAGGGGCCACAGGCAAACCAGGGGCUAAGGGUACAUCUGGCAGUGAUGGCCCAGCUGGUCCACCAGGAGAGACUGGACUGCCAGGACCUCAAGGACCCAAUGGAUUCCCAGGACCGAAGGGGCCCCCGGGACCCAGUGGAAAGGACGGGCUGCCUGGACACCCAGGACAGAGAGGAGAAGUGGGUUUCCAAGGCAAGACCGGCCCACCAGGACCUCCUGGAGUAGUGGGACCCCAGGGCCCCUCUGGAGAGAGCGGUCCACUGGGAGAGCGAGGGCACCCAGGCCCCUCAGGGCCCCCCGGAGAGCAGGGCCUGCCAGGGGCUUCAGGGAAGGAGGGCAGCAAGGGAGACCCAGGCCCCAUUGGGCCCCCAGGCAAGGACGGGCCAGCAGGACUGAGGGGCUUCCCUGGAGAGAGGGGUCUGCCGGGCACCGCGGGCGGCAUGGGGCUGAAGGGUAAUGAAGGACCAGCUGGACCCCCCGGGCCUGCUGGCUCUGCUGGUGAGCGUGGUGCCGCAGGACAAGGUGGUCCUAUCGGCCCCCCAGGCAGACCUGGCCCCCAAGGGCCUCCCGGAGCAGCUGGAGAGAAGGGAGUUCCUGGAGUGAAAGGACCAAUUGGACCGGCAGGUCGUGAUGGGGUUCAGGGUCUGGUGGGUCUGCCCGGGCCAGCGGGGCCCCUGGGGACCCCAGGAGAGGACGGAGACAAGGGUGAGAUCGGAGAGCCUGGACAGAAGGGUGCCAAAGGAAGCAAGGGAGAGCAUGGUCCCCCUGGGCCCCCAGGUCCAAUGGGUCCAGUCGGACAGCCCGGAGCCGCUGGUGCUGAUGGUGAGCUUGGCCCCAGGGGUCAGCAGGGUCCGUUCGGAGCAAAGGGAGACGAGGGCCCCCGAGGGUUCCCCGGUCCUCCCGGCCCAAUCGGACUGCAGGGUUUGCCUGGUCCGUCAGGAGAGAAAGGAGAGACUGGAGAUGUGGGCCCCAUGGGCCCCCCAGGUCCCCCGGGCCCCAGAGGUCCAGCUGGCCCCAGUGGAGCUGACGGUCCACAAGGUCCCCCUGGAGGUUUGGGUAACCCUGGUAAUGUAGGAGAGAAGGGAGAGCCCGGUGAGUCCGGAGCCCCAGGUGUGGCAGGAGAGCCCGGUGCAAAGGGCCCUCGCGGGGAGCGUGGAGAGAAGGGGGAGGCGGGACAGCCUGGCACGGCCGGACCAGCGGGAGCAAAGGGGCCUACUGGAGACGAUGGACCCAAAGGAAACCCUGGCCCCGUUGGAUUCCCAGGUGACCCAGGACCCCCUGGAGAGCUCGGACCCCGAGGUCAAGACGGAGCAAAGGGUGAGAGAGGAGAGGAUGGAGAGCAAGGACAAGCGGGCUCCCCCGGACCCACUGGUGAGAAUGGCCCCCCAGGACCUCCGGGAAAGAGGGGUCCUGCUGGAACGAGAGGUCCGGAGGGGCGACAGGGAGAGAAGGGAUCCAAGGGUGACCCGGGUGCUAAUGGCCCAGCCGGAAAGACAGGUGCAGUCGGGCCCCAGGGGCCCCCAGGCAAACCCGGUACUGAGGGGCUGAGAGGCAUCCCAGGAUCAGUGGGUGAACAAGGCUCUCCCGGAGUGACAGGACAGAGGGGCCCCCCCGGACCCAUCGGCCCCCCUGGUCUGCCUGGUCUGCAGGGAGACCCCGGAGCCAAGGGAGAGAAGGGACACCCUGGCCUCAUCGGCCUCAUCGGACCCCCAGGAGAGCAGGGAGAGAAGGGAGACAGGGGCCUGCCAGGGCCACAGGGCAGUCCUGGAGCCAAGGGAGAGACUGGAAUCGCAGGACCAACUGGACCACUCGGACCAGCUGGACCCCCCGGAUUACCAGGUCCUAUUGGUGUGAAAGGUGCUAAAGGAGCUUCAGGUCAAGCUGGUCCUAAAGGAGAGAAGGGUGUCGCUGGACCUGCAGGUCCGCCUGGCCCCCCUGGUGAGGUGAUCCAGCCCCUCCCUAUCCAGAUGUCCCCCAAGAGGAGCAGGCGCUCAAUCGACGGCAGCCAGCUGGAGGAGGAGGGGGUGCAGGCCGACGCAGCCCUGGACUACGCUGAAACCGGCAUGGAGGAGAUCUUCGGCUCCCUCAACUCCCUCAAACAGGAGCUCGAGCACAUGAGACACCCACUGGGCACCAAGGACAACCCGGCCAGGACCUGCAGGGACCUGCAGCUCAGCCAGGCCGAAUUCAAGGACGGUGAAUACUGGAUCGAUCCCAACCAGGGCUGCGCUCGAGAUUCAUUCAAGGUUUUCUGCAACUUCACUGCGGGAGGAGAGACCUGCAUCUACCCAGACAAGAAGAUUGAGUCGGUGAAGAUGAACUCCUGGAGCAGCGAGACCCCUGGAACCUGGUUCAGUGAGUUCAAACAAGGCAGCAAGUUCUCGUAUGUGGACUCUGAAGGUGAGCCCCUGGGUGUGGUUCAGCUCACGUUCCUGCGGCUGCUGUCUGUCUCGGCCCGGCAGAACUUCACCUAUCACUGCCACCACUCCGUGGCCUGGCAGCACUUGGGCAGCGAUGGCUUCGAGCGGGCCCUGCACUUCCAGGGGGCGAACGAGGAGGACAUGAGCUACCAGACCAGCCCCUACAUCAAGGCACCACUCGACGGCUGUGCUUAUCGCAAGGGCUAUGACAAGACAGUUCUGGAGGUGAACACUCCCGUGGUGGUGCAGCUGCCUGUGCUUGACGUCAUGUUCACAGACUUUGGGGAGGCCAAGCAGAAAUUCGGCUUUGAUGUGGGACCCGUGUGCUUCCUGGGAUAGAACAAAAUAAACCAGAAACACAACCCAGCUACAAAACACACAAACAAACAAACAAACAAACACAUUAAAAAAACAACCAACGCAAAGCAAGCAAAAGCCAGUCCUGUCACAAUACUACGAG